CAAGUCACGAAAGGCCCUGCCCUCGAGAAACGACAGGAAAUUUUCGAAUUACAGGAACAAGUAGGGAGCUCAACACCCAUUAGCCAACACCCUUACAUUGGUAGCCGCCAAAUUAUCAGGGAGGCCUUCUUAAAAAAGGGGGUACCAGCUGAAGCAAUCGACACGAUGACCUGCUCUAUCUCCGAAGGAACACUAAAACAAUAUAAUGCUACAUACAAGCUCUGGUGGAGUUUCUGCUUAAAACAUCAAAUACCUGUGUGGGAUGCCACAACUUCUCACGUCUUGAAGUUUCUUACAUAUGUACAAACAAACAAAAAGCUCAAAUACGGUUCCAUUAACUCACAUAAAUCUGCAUUAGCACUAAUAUUGAACACCGAUCUGUCCAAUAACAUACUCCUUAAAAGAUAUUUAAAGGGUGUUUAUCGACGAAACCCUCCAACACGAAAGUAUAAUUCAACAUGGAACCCUCAACCACUUCUAGAUUAUAUUAGUAACAUGGCCGAACCUCUGGAUCUGAAAAGUUUGUCCCAGAAGCUAGUCACCCUUCUGGCUCUAACAACUGCGGGACGCUUACAAACUAUUUCCUUAAUACGAAUUUCGGGAAUUGUAGAAAGUCCACAAAAAAUCCAAAUUUUUAUUUCGGACCGCAUUAAAACUUCCAGUUUAAACAAAAAACAACCUUGUCUACAACUUCCUUUUUUCAAUGAAAAGCCAACACUAUGUGUGGCAUCAGCACUCAAAAAAUACAUCCAACUCACUAACAAUAUAAGGAAAGUUGAACAGGACUUUCUAUUCUUAACAGCCAAAGCUCCACACAAUUUAGCGAGCAAACAAACCCUAAGUAGAUGGGUAAAGGAACUCUUGAAGAAAGCAGGCAUCGACACUUCAAUGUUUCAAGCGCAUUCUACACGACACUCUGCCUCUUCGGCAGCACUAAGACAAGGCUUAUCGCUGGAAACAAUCUGCAGAACAGUAGGAUGGUCCGAAAGUUCCCAAACUUUUGGCAAAUUUUACAAUCGUCCGUUAAUCGACGAUACUGCGUUUGCCAAAUCUAUUAUUAAUCUUACACCUUUAUAA